UAUUUUUGUUGUUUGUCUAUGAUUUUUUGUAAACAAUAUUGUUUGGUUGAACAUGUGCAUCGCGUGUUUAUAAUUCAAGUUAUUUAUUUUAGACAUGUUUCAUACACUGUAAAAACAUAAAACUCAUUAUGUCCGGAUACUUGGAAAUAAAGUAUCCGUUCAAAUCUAACUUGGGCUUAAAUCCUUUCAAGUCGUGGAAAAGACAAUGGUGUAUUUUGAGACCGAGUCCGACCUGUUCGGGGGCUUCCCUGGCGGUGUACUGCAGCGAGGCAGGUGCUUCAGCGGGCUCGGUGGAGUUACCUUUGGGUUGCGUAGUAAAGAGAGCCAAAUCUCGCACGCGGCCACAUGCCUUUGCUGUAUUCUCUGUUGACGAGCCGCGAAAACCUCGCAUUUUGCUGGCGGCACAAUCUCUUCAUGAUACACAAGUUUGGAUGGAAAAGAUCCGAGCUUUGUUGAAUGGCAGCAAAAUAUUGGACAACGAGCCAUUGCUAAAAGACUCAUACUCGGUGAGCGUGGUCGCCACUGAGUUGUCCCGUAAGUGCGGCCUGAGCGCCGACACGGUGGUGACCCUGACGUCGGCGGGGGUGGUAGUGGCGCGUGCGCAACUCGCCACCUUCCUAGAGUGGAAACAUAUCAGGGAUGUGCGCCUCACCGAUGAUGAUAAGAACAAAACUUGUGUUCUCACUGUCGAUAGUGCGUUCAGUAGCGGUGGUGGCGACGUCCGCCGCAGUAGUUGGUACAGCGGUCCUUCUGAAGUAUCCCUGGAUGACAUAGACCUUGUAAUGUCCAAGGAGUCGAAGCACAUCCCCGUAGGUCAGUUGUCCCGCUACAGCGGUGAAGGACAGCUGUCCUCCGCGACUGCGCUCGCGCAGCCCUUCAACAUUCAAUCCAUCGCCUCCUUCGAUGAUAGAAAUAUCUGGCCUGCUCUAUGCGCCCCCCUGACGGAGGAGCCGACGUACGAGUGUGUGGGGGACUGCGUGUACGCCACCAUGCGCAGGCGCAGGCCGCCGCCACUACCGCCGCGACACCCCUUUAGUACUUUGAAGCCGGGCGUGGGCUGGGCGCGCGUGGGCGGGGGCGCGCGGGGCGCGGGCGGGGGCGCGGCGCGCGAGCACAGCGUCACGCGCCACUCGUCGCUCGGCUCCCUGCCGCGCGCCGCCGCCGGCCCGCCCGCGCACACCAACACGCUGCCCAAGCGACAACCCUUCAGCGUCUUCCGGAAACGCCUCAAAAGCGACUCCCGCAUCACUGGAUCGCAGAAAUCUGAAACGUCCAAAGAGAACAAAGACGUCGAAACUAAAAAGAAGAAGUUCGACUUCACGCCGACGCGGGACAUAUUCAAGAGCUUCAAGGUGAGUCGCAAGAUGAAGAACUUGAAGAUCACAUCCGGCAACCUCGCCAAGGGGGAGACCAAGAGCUGCGAGUUCCUCGACGACACCGACCACGUACAGCCCAACCGAUGCUCCAAGUCCGUCGAGUGCCUCGAGAAUGACUUCGAGUACGAGGCCGACCUCUCCAUAGAACUGACAGAAGACAGUAUGGCCGCCCUCACCCUCCCGCAGCAGAUCGUGGACCUCCUCCUGGGCCACGAGCAGAUGAGUAAGGUCCGGCUAAAAGACCAGGUGGAGAACGACUACAUGCCGAUGUCGCCGAUCAUCCCGCCCGCGCCGAUGGAGCACCACUACAUAGUCAUGUCGCCACGGACCAAUAUCGCCUGAACUAGUCCCACGCUAACUAUAAGUUACUCUAAGCUGUAAGUAUUGACACGUUGACAGUUCUCAUGUGUAUAUGUUUAGUAACCCUGUAUGGAAAAUGGUUUGACCAAAGACCAUUCUCGAAGAGAUUGUUUUCGUAUUUGUCUGCUUGUUGAGGGUUUUGCACAAUUUAUUAGGUAUUUUACUAACUUGCUGGGGUAGACGAAAUUGUGUUGAAUCGUAAAAGUCCAGGUUAGACUGUCGUGUGGACCUUACAUCGCUGGAGCAAUGUCGGUAGCCUACUUAACUAUAUUUAUUGACAGAUUCCAGAAAUAUAUCGACAUUGUUCGUGGGUUGUCAUUCUCUGCAACAUAAUGUAUCAUGUUGCUGAUAUUACUCGGACGCUCACUGCUCUCGUGGCUUACAUAUCAACGUUACCCGCGACAGAUGAGGUAGCAAGUAAUUAUCUAUUAUAGUGAUGGUCGAUAGUUUUAUCGAUAAAAUUACAAAAUAUCGAAUUGAUUCGGAUGGCGUACCGAAUCGUUGAAAAGACUUACAGGUGUCUUGUUGAGACACCUGUGUUCGUAUAGACUGCUCUGUUGAUCUGAAUAGGGAACUCUGAAAAGACAAAUUGUUACCCUGGUGUUUACAAUAUUUACAUCACACGUGACGUAAUAUCGCGAGAAUAAUAAAGAAAUAUAUUUUUAAAUAACCAAUUUUAGCUGAUGGUAUAAUGUUAAAGCUCUCUAAAUAAAAUCAUGAUAAACUACUUUAUAAACGUUUUGAGGAAUAUAUUUUACAGUAUACAUACAAUAAAAAAUAUUUUAUUGAAAAUAUUUAUAUGUUUGUGGCUAAUUUUAGUUUUCAAGAAACGAUGGUUUAUAUUUCUAUACAUUUCUAUAUGCACUAAAAACGAUCGUACUUUUUGAAAAUAUCGCAAGGUAACUUAAAAUCGCAACCUACCACUUAUACAGUCCAAUUUGUUGACAUAAAGAUGAUAAUGCCAGCCAAAAAUAUUUUUAUAAUACCUACCAAUUAAUGGUUGCAGCUGCUAAUCGUCUUAUCAUUAACGCAAUACGAAUUAAAAUCG